CUAUGUUCUCUUCUAACCUUGCAUGAUGGCUCCAAAAAGAAAACUGUUAGUCCCUAUUUCUAACAAUCAUACAACCAUAAGAACGAAAGAAGAAGCAGAUAGAUUAAACAGAAAUCUGGCACAUCGUGUAAUGGCCACUACUCUCCCUCCAGAGAGACAGAGCAGCCUGAAACUAUUCUAUUCUAUUCUGACUCUAUACUCUAAUGCCUUAGGUUUUCUCAUAAGUUAGCUUCCUUUUAUAGGAGACGAUGGCUAACUUAUGGCUUACAAGAGAGGCUAAUGGGCUAAUAUUAAAUUGUGGCCCAUAUUACACAUUUAACUAACAACUACACAAAUACAAAGACAUCUAACUAGAUUGCACACCAGAAAAAGUCCUAACAAAAACCAAAUGCUGGCGCAUCAUCUUCCUCCUGUUCCAACACUCGUUUCACAGUUUCACUACCCAUGCAAAUGAGGAGUGGUAUGAGGAAAGGAAGAAGUGGAAAAUUGUGGAGGAAAAAAUAGUGCACCCGGAUAUCGAUGCGGAUUUUCACAUCACUGAAGUGUUCGCCCGGUUUGGAUGGGCAAUGAUGCUUACUUUGACCGGAGCAUGCUACCCCCAGUUGGUCCGGGAGUUUUAUGCUAACAUCACCGAUAAAGAAACCGGAUUCGCGGAGAUCCAAACGAUGGUCAAAGGAAUAAACAUCAAGGUUGACCCGAAGCUCCUCUCAAACAUCCUCGAGAUAAGCAAUGCAGGCCCCACUUUGGAGUAUAAUCAAAGUGACAUUCUUAGUGACAAAGCAUACGAUGAGGUGGCAGCACGAUGUUUCUUGAGGCUCCAAACAAGCUUUAAUACCAAAUACCUAUUGGACAUCCACACACGCCUCAUUGUCUAUGUCAUUGGUUUCAACGUUGUUCCCCAUGCUAACGACCGCCACAAAGUCCGAAAGAUUGAUCUUUACCUUCUUCAAAAUAUGCUAGUCGGGCUAGGGGAUAUAGAAGGAAUACCACUACCUCGCCUCAUCAUGAAAACGGUGGUACUCUCCAAAAAAGGUGAAUUUUUUUUUUGUCACCCUCUUUUACUCACUAAGAUUUUCAGGCACUUUCUGGUACAUUUUGAUGGUGAGGAAGUUGUGUAUACCACCAAGUCUAAUAUUUUGGACAAAGAAACCAUGAGUGCACUCAAAUACAAAUUGUCCAACUCCGGGAAGUGGUAUUUCCCCGAAGGCAUUGGUUUGAACAGAGAUGGUAAUGAGGCGAAAGAGGAACAUGAAGGCAAAGCCAUGGAAGGUGCUCAUGAUGAUGGCGCCGCACCCGAGCCACCGGUGCCACCACAGCCACCACACACUACCGACCCCGCGCUAGCAUACUUGGUUCAUUCCAUGGCUCGAAUGCACACGCGGAUGGACGAGCAAGAAGCACGCCAACAGAGGUUUGAGGAGCGUUUCGACACAUUCACCAACUACUACUACUCCCAACAUGGGUAUCCCCCUCCUGAUCCACACCAUUGACUCCCCCUUGCUCUUAUUUCAUUUUCCCAUAACAUUACUUUCCUCUAAACACACUUUUGUUGUGG